AAAUUGGAACUUUUCCAUUGAGUUUUUCUUUAAAAAAUAAGAUAUAUGAAAAUUUCCCUUUAGAUUAGUAGUAGAAAGAGUCUCUGAAACUCGUAUAAAAUUUUCCACUAGAUCACUACACUCUCCGUAGGAACUUGUUUGGAAAAUUGAUCAAUUUCUUUUCUCGAUUUUUGAAUUUGGGGAUUUGUGCGGCGAAGAAGAUGAAGGCGUCGAUGAAGUUUCGGGAGGAACAGAAGCCUCUUUUCAGGGCUAAGGUUCCUCUAAGCAUCUUAGGUUUACCGUUUCAAUCUGGAAUCGUCGCCGGAGAAUCCAAAGAGCUCAGUCUCAAUCUCUCAACUUUCUUCGAAUCUGGGCCAUCUCUCAAGAUCGCUUACCGUCCAAACGACUCGUGGAACCCUUUCUCCCUAAUCGUCAAAACCGGAACCGGAUCUUUCGGGUCGCCAAUCUCAAGCUCCAUGCUCAUGAGCGCCGAAUUCAACCUCCUCGGUAAUAAAGGUAACCCUAGCUUCAUGCUUCACUUCAAACCACAAUUCGGCGACUUCUCAAUCAAAAAGUCUCACUCUUCGUCUGGCUUCGACGGAAAUCUGAUCAAUCCGAUCAACGGAUCUGUUUCGGAGGAGGAUUCCUCGAUCGAGGUGGUGGAUUCGCCGGCGGUCAACGGAUGCGGCGGUGGAUUUAGAAAAGUCACGGUUUUGCCUUCGACUUCUGCCGGAGACAUCGCCGGGUUGCUGACCGGCGUCGAGGUAGCGGCUAGGACGUCUUUGCCUGUGAGAGGACGCGCCGUCGUGAAUUUCAGGUGGGGCGUUAGGGUUCCAACGGAGAUAAGGCGAGAUUUUGAUCCAACGGCUGCGAUUUCUCUUAGGAGAUUCCCUUUUCUCGUGAUGAAUAAAAUAGGGAUCGAACACGUUGACGGCUCAGAUGCUAAAGAGCCCAAAUCAAAGACCGACCCGGGUUCUGUUUCGGGUCCGGGUCUACCGAAAAGAAGUGGAGAAGUGGCGGAGGUGUCUUUGGCUCUCGAGGAGCUUCGAUCAGAGAAUAGACAGUUGAAGAGAGCCGUCGAGGAUCUCCGAGGAGUAAUAGCAAACGUCCGUCCAUUCUCGCCGGCGACGAUAGAUUACGGAUCGCACUCAAAGUACCGAGAAUCCGAGAGGAGCAGCAAUAACAGCAACAACGGAAGAUCGAGAGCUGACCGGUGGAGCAGCGAGAGAGCGUCGUCGGAUUACGGCGGGAAGAAAAACAAGGAAGAGGGUGACGUGGCAGAAGAGCUGAAGAAAGCCUUGAAAGGAGCUGCUUGAAGCUUCGAUGGUGUUUGGUACUCGCCAUGAACUUGAGCUUUAGAUAAAGUUUUAUUCGAACUGCACUACAUUCUUCUUCUUCUUCUUCUUCUUAAUUUAGCUAUGGCUUUUGUAUAUAUGCGUUAAAUUUCUGUUUUAAAAAAAAAGAUUUGCAGAACUUGUUUUUGGAUCUUUCCAUGAAAUUGCUAGAGUUUAAUAUGGGAAAGAUUGUGUUUUGAACUUGAAAUGACGUGAUUUGAAUUAGCAUUAUAUCCAUCAAUGUAAAGCUUUGA